AUGUCCCAAUACCAACGCACUCCCCCACACGAAUUCGACACCUCUAUGUCUGGCACGGAGCGCGACCCUGACCGUGUCGGCGACACCGGCCGGCCAAGCGGCGCCUCCGAAUUCGACCGCUCCGCGCCGUCGUCGGACGCCGACUUCGCCCAGCCCCAGCUGCGCUCUGGCUCGGGCUACGACUCGCACCGGCGCGAUGCAGGCGACGAACUGGGGCUCGGCAGGCGCGGACUCGCGGGCUACAGCCGGGAGCCGCACCCGGACAAUCAAGCUCGAGGCACGGCGGGCCACUGGAUCGAGCGUCCGACGGGCGCCGGCUCUGCGCAGAGUGAUCUUGACCGCGAGGACGUCCAGAUUGGCAAGCCAGGCUUCGCAGACAAGACGAUGGGAAAGAUUUCUAGGAAGCCUGUGAUGCAAGAACGGGGGGAGCUUCGCGCCACGGAGGGGAAGAGCGCCGUUCAGCGCGACCUGUGA